AUGGCGGUGCCGGUGCCGGCGGAGGCGGCGGGAGGCCGGCAGCGGGCCCUGGCCGGCGGCUCGCCCGUGGACUACAUGAGCAUCACCAGCUUCCCGCGGCUGCCCGAGGAAGAGGCGGGCGGCGCGGCCGAGGGCGGCCUCCGCGCCCGGAAGGAGGAGGAUGCGUUCCUGGGCGAGCAGGACACGGACCCAGACUCCUUCCUGAAGUCUGCGCGGCUGCAGCGCCUGCCCUCGUCCUCCUCGGAGAUGGGGAGCCAGGACGUGUCCCCGCUGCAGGAGACCAGCAAGGAUCCUUUCUCUGGAGACUGCAGCUGCCGGCAGGAUGGGCUGACUGUCAUCAUCACUGCCUGCCUGACCUUCGCCACGGGGGUCACAGUGGCCCUGAUCAUGCAGAUCUACUUUGGGGACCCUCAGGUGGUGCGGCGCGGCGCGGUGGUGACGGACAGCGGCCGCUGCACGGCGCUGGGCUCGGCGGUGCUGCACCAGCAGGGCUCCUCGGUGGACGCCGCCAUCGCCGCCGCCCUCUGCGCCGGCGUCGUCAACCCCCACGCCUCGGGGCUCGGCGGGGGUGGGGUGAUGCUGGUCCAUGACAUCCGGAAGAACAGGAGCUGGGUGAUUGACUUCCGUGAAGCAGCUCCCCAGGGCAUCCCGCUGGAGGGGCACCUGCAGGACACCAAGCCAGGGCUGCUGGUGGGGGUGCCAGGCAUGCUCCGAGGGAUGCAGCAGGCACACCAGUUACACGGCAGGCUGCCAUGGUCCAAGCUGCUGGGCCUCGUGGCUGGUGUUGCCCAGGAUGGGUUUAAUGUCACACAUGAGUUGGCCACAGCCAUCAGUGAGCUGAAGGACCUGAACUACUCAGAGAGGUUCCGGGAGACCUUCCUGCCCUCUGGGCAGCCCCUGCUGCCUGGCACCUUCGUCAGGCGCCUGGACCUUGCCGCCCUGCUGCAGCUGCUGGGGGCAGAAGGGGCAUCAGCUUUCUACAGUGGAAACCUGACCCAGGAGAUCAUCUCUGAGGUCCAGAGCUAUGGAGGAGUCCUGACUGAGGAAGACUUUCACAAUUACAGUGUCCCAGUGGAGGAUCCCAUCCACACAGUCUACCGAGGUCACCUUGUUUUCAGCCCCCCUCCCCCACAUGCAGGCCCUGCACUGAUCACAGCCCUGAACAUCCUGGAGGGCUUUAACAUCACCACUGGAGCACCCAGGGGGAAUACCUUGCACUGGCUGGCAGAGACAUUAAAAAUAGCCCUGAGUCUAACUGGCAACCUGGGAGACCCCUCUGAGGACCUGUCUGUCCCUCAGGCUGCAGCAGGCAUGGUGAGUCAGUUGGAGGCCAGUGCCCUGCGCCAGCUGAUCAACGACUCCCUGCCCUCGCCCAGCCUCUGCCCACCCUGCUCCUCACACAGCAGCCCUGCUGCCAGCCAGGUCCUCGUCAUGGGACCUGAUGACUUCAUUGUGGCAGCUGUCAGUUCUUUGAAUCGUCCCUUUGGCAGUGGAAUAAUAACACCCUCUGGAGUCCUCCUCAACAGUCAGAUGCUGGACUUCUCCUGGCAGAAUCAAACCCUGAACCACUCCCUUCCCAGGCUGCACAACCUCCCUGAGCCUGGGAAGCGGCCCCUGUCCUUCCUGCUGCCCACCAUCGUGAGGCCAUCCCAGGGCAUGUGUGGGACAUACCUGUGCCUGGCAGCCAGCCACGGGGACAGAGCCCUGAGCAGUAUCGUUCAGGUUUUGGUGAAUGUGUUGGCACUGAACAAGAACCUGAGUGAGAGUUUGUCCCUUGGUCGCCUUCACCCAGAGCUUCAGUCCAACACCUUGCAAGUUGACAGUGAGUUUCCUGAAGAAGACAUUGAAUUACUUGUAGCCAGGGGCCACCAAGUGGACAGGGUGAAGGUGGUGUCCCUGGUUCAUGGGGCCAGGAGAACCAACAGCUUCAUCAUCGGCCUGAAGGACCCCAGGAGCGUGGACGCUGCCGGAGCCACCAUAUCGUAG